ACCGUACCAACGUUACUGGCAAGCAGGCAAUCCAUGGCAUGCACAGCAUUCAGUCGUGUGCUACAAGAGUUCAGUUCCUCCUUGCGCCGGUCCUAAUCCUAGGCAUUCUGCAUUCCGUUUGUCUGAAGCCCCGUCACACGCUAGCGUACUCGCGAACAAGGCAAAGACACAACAACCAGUAGCUAUACCACAAUAGACUUGACUUUGCGUUACCUUUGGGAUAGGCUGCAGCAGUGACAGAGAUCGGUGUGGAAUCAUGGCACGGCUUUCGUUGGAAGAAAUGCGGCCCUCGCCAAUGCUAAUCUGCACCCUGGUGUUGGUUAGCUACUUUUUCGUUACCGCUGGAGUAGCAUAUGACAUCAUCAACGAGCCCCCCGCCGUGGGUGCAAUGCCGGACCCCAGGACAGGUCACAUGAAGCCCGUGACUUUCAUGCCGUACCGGCUCAACGGCCAGUACAUCUUGGAGGGAGUUAGCGGCGGCUUCUUCUAUACGUUAGGAGGUGUGGGCAUCAUCCUGCUGGAUCUUAGCCGGGAUAAAAACAAGAGUACCCUCUUCCGGAACUUCUUCAUGGCUUUGGGCUUCGCCGUGAUGAUACUCUCUUACAUGGCCUGCAUGACAUUCAUUCGGAUCAAGAUGCCAAGCUACAUGCGCGGAUAGUUACUGGCUCGCUGGGGCUCAAUGCGGCCCAUCACAUGGCCGUACAGUCCAAACCCUACGCUCCAGCUGCGUCGGUAACGCUCAAUCCGACAUGGACGCACGCGUUGUUUUGCGUUGUGGGCGAGUUGCCACUGUUGUCCAAUACAAAGUUGUAAUGCUACUUCCCAAC